UGUAGUCUAAUCCAAAUCAACAUGAAAUUUCUUUUGGUGCUUGCAAUCUUUGCCUAUCUACAAUUGGCUGAAUGUCAUCUUGGUUCCACAACUGUAAACUGGAAGUACUACUACCUACAGGCGGUCAUGCCCGCCGGAAACUAUUGCGGGCAAAGGAAACCAAUCACAGGAUGGACUACAGUUAGAGAUAGAUACAAGGCUUACAACUCUGGUGGAAAUGUUGACAAUACUUACUUUGCUAAUGGAGUCUUCACUACUCCAUCCGCAGGUGUUUACCAUUGCUGUGGAGCUGCUAGGUGCAAGCAAGGCGGUGUCUGUGACUUCACCCUCUCUAAGAAUGGAGGAACAAAUGUCCUUGCAGCUUUUGGAACAAGAGUCACAAGAACAAAUGAAUGGCAAUCUGUAUCCACCUGCGUUACAGAGAGAUUUGCUCUUGGUGCAACAAUACAGAUGAACAUGGAGUCUACUGGUGGAGCUGAUUGUAUUGAAGAGACUGGAUGGGAUUAUACCAAGUUCUCCUGCUUCUACCUCUCUCCAAACUAGAUUGUUUAAAUAAAUUUUAUCUUGAAAUGUCCAUCAUAAAAAUUUGCUCUUUUUACAAUUUGAUUUGUAAAUAAAUUGAAAACAUAA